AUGGAUUUACUUGGCUCAGGAAUUGCAAGCACACGCACCCAGCUAUCAUUUUUCGCGUUGAACGCUCAAACUCCAACUUUCUUUCGGAUUUGCGGCGGACAUUCGCGAUCCAUUUUCGAGCGUUCGAAUGAAACCAAAUAUGUCAAGCGUCUGAGAGACCGCGUGUGGAUCGUCGGGUUACCUGAUUUGGAGGACUCAUUGUUCAUCGUUCAUUAA